ACACAGGCAAGGGUACAGGAUGCAUUAGGCUGGGGUUGACAGAGAGGCAUGGCAUGGCCUGCCCCUCUCCUAGUGGCCAUCAGACCUCACCAUACCCCUUCUUAUCUGGGGAAGCUCCUGCUUACUGUGGUCAGUCACCUGGGAGACCUGCUCUCAGGAUAAACUCUAUUCUGGGCCUAGGCUGGCUCAGGAGGGAAUACUGACCACCCACUGAGGCAGCCCCCUUGAACCAAACCCAAAGUUGCCCCAGUUCUCAAAUCCCAGUUUUCCAAAGGUUACCCAGAAGCUGGGAGCAAGUGUGGGAAGAGCCCUCCAGCCCCCUUGCCAGUGUUUGCUCCUGCUUCAGCAAAGCCAGCUCCGACUGCAGCAGCCAUAGGCCUCCUUCGCCCCAAACCAGAUGGCCUCCAGUGCAGCCCAGAUGCCAUUUGUCAAUGUCCUUGCAAACACGUGGCGCCCAGAAACCAAGACAGGCAGCUUGGCCAGGACCACCCUUGGCAGGAGGGCUGUGGGGAUAUCUCAUUCAGCAGAGCUCAGCGAAAACUGCUCCCAUCUUCCGGCCAAUCUACCUCUAAGGCUACAGCCUCAGCUUGCCUGAGCUUUUUGGCUGCCACCCCUCACCACUGUCUCAAAGCACACGGACACGCCUGUGGUCAGGCUGGCGACGGAAUGGCGCCCCUCACGUGUCUGCAGACAGCCUGCCCUCCACCACGGUCCGGCAGCUGGCCAGGCACAGACAGUUUUCUUGUAGUUCAUCAGUGGGUCUCUGUUCCCAUCCUGCACUACUCUAGGACUGGGCCCAAGCUGGGUACUUGUAGGUAAGGCCAGAGGACAGAGCCCUGAAGGCAGGCAGGUUCUAGCCCUUGUCACCCACCAAGUGACCUGGAGCCACUCUAAGUUCCCCUCCACAGCAGAGUGUGAUGAAGCCACCCACAGUGACCAAUGCAUAAGGUUAGAAGGUACUUUGCAGUUUGGGGGGAGGCUGGGAAGCAGGCUUCUAGUAGCUGAGUCUGCAUAUUUUCCCACUUCCUCAAUACAACUAGGAAAACACCCAGCCCCUCCUGUGGGCAGGGGAAGGGCCCCAGCAUGACCACUGCUUCUCCCCUCUACCCCAGACCAGGGAUGCUUAUUUCAGUCGUGUCGAUGCCCCCGGCAGCAGGUGGCCCGAGACCUGAGGCCCCCCCUGGGGCCCCACCACCCCUGCUGCCCAAACCCGGAAAAGACAACCAGAGACUUCAGAAGCUACUAAGAAAAGCCGCUCGGAAGAAGAUGCUGGGAACGACCGCCACCUCACCUGGGGCCUUCCGUACCUCCCUGUCCCCUGUGAGUGAGGCCAGUCAUGACCUGGAGACCACAGUCCAACGUCCUGCUGAAGCCCCUCAUGUGGUGGUCCCCCUACCCCGCUCCCCACAUACCCCCAUUAUUCACCACGUGGCCUCACCCCUGCAGAAGUCCACUUUCUCUUUCAGCCUUCCUCAGCAAAGGUCUCUGGCAACUCAUUUCAAGGCACCUCCUAGGCUUGAACCCCCAGCCCCAGAAACUGCCUGGCCCCGCAGUGGCUUUGCCCAUGUAUCUGCCCCUACAGCGGGUGGUACCCACAUCACCCAGGUUCAUAUCCAGCUGUCAUCGUCCUUGCAUACUGGGACUUCUGAGUCCCCCAGGAUGGCCCUGGAUGAGGAUAAAAGCCCAUGUACUUCCAGCACCCAGCCUCUCAUCCCAGUAGCACAUAUUCGACCACUGCCCACUGGGGUGCAAGCAGUCAGUCCUGGGCCUGAGGAGCCCCCUGUAACAAAACCACCACCCAGCUUUCAGGCCUCAAUGUCUAGAGAGGCUGGCACUAGGGUGGUGGUGCCCAUAGCCCCUACCUACCGUUCAUCUGGACCCUCACCUUAUACCCCAGCUCCUGCAGCUCCUGAAGAAGAACACCUAGAGGAGCUGCCCACAGCAAGGCUUGCUAUGGAGCCUAAGCAUGCCUCCAACCUCCCAGAAGCCUUGGGCCCCUCAGGCCUCCACCCAUGCCCUGUUCCCAAAGUUGCACCCAAGCCCUGCCUUAGCGGCUGGACACGCCUAAAGAAGCAGCUGAUGGAGGAGGCAGAGGAGCCUGCAUUUCCAGAGCCAGAGCUGAGCUCGGAGCCCACGCAGCCAGAGGCGCCAGCCCCUGUGUGCCCACAGCCCCCUGCCUCCAGGGCCUCUAGGAUGUGGGAUGCAGUGCUGUAUCGCAUGUCACUGGCUGAGUCCCGUAGAGGCCACCCUGUGGGGCCUGGAGAUGGGGGACACCCCCUGGCCUGCCUCAGCCGCCUGCCUUUUCUGUGCCGACCUCGCUUCAAUGCCCGGAAGCUACAGGAGGCUGUCCGGCCCCCUCCGACCCUGCAUCCCAUCCUGGAGCUGCAUUCUCAGCCCAAGAACUUCAACCGGACAGCAGCAGGUUGGAGGCUCCAGUGAUGUAGCCAGAAUGGUCUCUGGGACUCUGGACUGGGGUGGACAGAGACUGACUGAGGCUGAGGAUGCAGAGAGAGGGCCUCAGUCCUCACAAGGGAACAUAAUGGAUCCGGAUGGUACAUGGCCAUGGCAGCUGGCUACUGGCUGCUAAAAGGAGCCUAUUGGAUAGACACAGAUGAGUUGGUGGGAACAGAAAUGACAAGUGAGAGAGGUGGAUGAAGCCGGGAGCAUGUGGGUGGAGGCAAUUUGAAAGUGUGGAGGAGAAUGCAAGUUGGAGAAUGUUCAUGGAUGGUGGGAGCCUGACCUCAAGACCAGGGUUCAUGGAGGGCUCUAGGUCCAGUGCAAGCUGGUUUGGAUGAGGGGUAUUCAGAGGUACAUAGGACUGGGCAGUGGAGAAAGGAUGUUCUGUGGUCUCUUCUGAUUUCCUGCCAGUAAGGGCUUACUGGGUAGAACUGCAGUGAGGGCAGGGCUUAGUGCAAAACACAACCAAGUUUCAGCAGUUGGGGAAGGACAGGUCAAGCCAGAGGGCUAUGAAGAGGCAGGGGCCAGGCACGAGAAGGACCCUACCCAAGAUCUGCCCACAUCAGCUGUGAGAAGAGGGACCCAAAGGAAUCAGAAGAGGCUUCCCGCCACAGCUACCAUAACAGGAUUCAGCAGGGACUGGGCUAGCAGUCCUACCUUGGAUAGGAUGGGUACUAUGGCUGUGGAUAGAGCCACCAAUAAAUGUAUGUAUACUCACACAGGUAUCACCUCUGUGUUCUCCAUGGGAUGGGGAGAGCAGCAGAGUACCCAGGGGCCUUCAACUGAGCACAAGCCAAGAUCCUACCUCCUUUAAUGGAUGUAUGUGGAAGCUAUGCCACAUUCAUUCUCCAGGGCCAGGCCACACUAUGAUGAGCCCCACUGGAUAUGGUAGGAGUUCCUAAAUGGAGUUUUGAGUCUCCUAUGGACAGUACUGAUCCUGCUUAAGGGGAUAGAAUUCCAGGUUUCAGAGAGCCAGGAAGACAGCUGGUAGCCAGACAGAAGACAUGGCCACUCUAAGGCCAGGUCUUCAGGCCUCAAGCCCUGAGAUAUGGCCCAUCCAUGCCAGUAUAUUCCCAGGAGGACCCAUUUUGUCAUGCUCUGGUCCUU